GCCGAAUCAAACAUAAAUUUUGAUUAGCGAACAAAUGAAAUGCCCCGACUAAAGAAUCAUUUUCCAUGUUUCACAAACAAGAUCAUUUUGUUAUUGUCCGUGUUCGUUCAUUUAUUGUUCACGAACAAGAUCAUUUUACAUUAGCGAACAAAUGAAAUGCCCUUGACAAGAAUCAAACAUAAAAAGAACACAUCUUCACAUAAUUGAAAGAAUAGAGUUACAUAUCACAAAUGACAACUCACAACUAAAUGUAUAAAUUCUACAUGGUCUCUUAUCAAAUGUGUUCAUGGUUAUCUCUAUUUAAUUUUAAAUAUAUAAAUUUAUAUUGUUCCUGGGCCGUACACAUUAAUUAGUAACAGAUCAAAUAUGGUGCAAUCAUGUAAAUGAUUAAAGGUUAACCUUGUUUAUAAUCAACUUUUACAAGCUUUAACCCAGCUUGCUCGUGGACAGGUUUGAAGAACACUAAAUGAUCUAUUCACAAGUUUUAUCAAAUAAACAUAUAGCUGUUCAGGCUUUGUUUGUUUGAUAUUCAUACUAUAAACCAAGGAUUGUUUGUGUCCAUUUAGCUAACUAAUGAACAUGAACAAUCGUUCACUUAACAAGGUCAAACACGAGUUGUUCAUCAAACACCCCCAGAUGUUUUAAAGCUGCUAUUUUUUGUCAUCAUAAAUGUAUUUUCAGCUUGCAGACACACUACUUGUUUAAUGCAGGAACCGUUGCAAGAAUAAAACCCUAUGCAUGGAGAAACUGUCUCUAGUACUCCCUGACAAACCACCCUUCUUUCCAAGGCAGUAUGACCGAUGUGCUGUAAUUGGUAACUCAGGUGACCUUCUCAAAACAAAGUUUGGAAAGGAAAUAGAUAGUUAUGAUGCUGUAUUCAGGGAGAAUGGGGCUCCAAUUCAGAACUACACUGAAUAUGUAGGCUCAAAAAGUACAUUCCGACUUCUCAAUAGAGGUUCUGCUAAAGCUAUUGAUAAAGUAGCUGAGUUGUACGAUGCUGGUAAGGAGACCUUGAUUAUUAAAACAACAAUACAUGAUAUCAUGAACCAAAUGAUUCGAGAAGUUCCGAUUCUCAACCCUGUAUACCUCAUGUUGGGUGCAUCCUUUGGUUCAGCAGCAAAAGGAACGGGAUUAAAGGCCCUUGAAUUUGCUCUUUCCAUGUGUGAAUCAGUGGAUAUAUAUGGUUUUACUGUUGAUCCUGGCUAUAAAGAAUGGACGAGAUAUUUUUCAGAGUCACGACAGGGUCAUACCCCACUGCAGGGAAGAGCUUACUAUCAAAUGAUGGAAUGCUUAGGGCUUAUUAAAAUACAUUCACCAAUGCGAGCCGAUCCAAAUCGUGUAGUGGACUGGUUACCAAGCCGCCGCUUGAUUACUGCUGCCAGAGUUGCAUCAGAGAAAUUAUUAAGGAGGGUUGGUGCUGGAUCAAUGGAUCCAUUGGCGAAAUGCUCGAUCAUCACAAAGCAAGCAAAGGGAAAGGUUAGAGAAAUGUCAAGGCUGAGGCAAUCCGCGAUAGACCACCAGAACUACGUAAAAGGAACAGUCUUUUACCCCUUGGAGCAUAACCCCGGGCACGGUCAGCUCUGUGCAGUCUGGUCAAGGUGACCGGUCCUGUUUUGAAUCUGAUUCCGAGGACACGUUCCGGUUUCUUAAAGUGGUCGGUGAAUGGGAAGCUCAGAAGUUCUUGUCACAUAUGGUAUGUCUGAAUAUUUAUACACUCACCAUUUCUUGCCUUUCCUCUGCAGAAGGUGUGUGGGGUUUUAGAGAACAUUUAAUCAAAUAUGAGAGCCCAAACAGUUUUGCUUUAAUUUGAGCGUUUUCCGUGUUUAUGGCUCUAAGAUCAAUGGUUAAGGAGGGAUUUUUUAUUGUUUUCUAAAGAAGAGAGAUCAAUAGGCUCUAAGAUAGUUACCUGAAAUGAGAUAUAUGAAGCACUAAUCUGAUCAAUAUGGAGUGGCAUAUGUUCAUGUGAAAAUACCAAUUGUAAUACUUUUCUCCUGU